AUGAACAGUGGUCGCACUCGACGCCUAUCGAGUUCGGACGAUGACGUUCGACUGCCGUCCAAUGCCACAUACUUCGCCUUCGACGGCAGCAACUCCGAUCUGGCGAGACAGCUGUACCUGCGGGCCAAAGCUGGUGGCUCAGAGCAAAAGUACUCUGGUUUAGUACUACCGGGCGCUAUUCAGCGUCGUCUUGAGGACGUCGAUCUCGAGUGGGAUGACCUACCGGGCAUCGGCCAACGCGCGUUGCUGUGGGACUCGGGCUUCGGCGUCACAGUGGACAACAGGGUCGUCCAGAUAUGGACACUUGGCGGGCACUCCAUGAGCGACUUGGCCGUUCCACUUGACCAGUUCAGAGCUGUGGAAUGCGAGGAGACGAAUUGCACGCAGCCUGGCACGACCAUCGUGAGUCGAAGCAACUUGUACUGCAGCGCCAAACGACAACGUAACAUUGAAGGAGACGCCCUCGAAGACUCGCUGAUCUACUUAGACACGUGCCGUCCUGACAGUUUAAAGCAAGACAACGCAGCUGAAAGUGAGUUCGCCCACGGUGACGGGUCCACCGCUAAAACACUCGAUGACACGUUGACUGUUUCGCACAAAGGUGUCGACAAGACCAUCAAGUUUAAGUCGAGUACCAGCUCUGCCAGUGACUUCGGUUCCGGGCCCAACAGUACCCUCCAAAUCCUGCUAAACAGUGAGGGCCUCAUUGGAAAACGAAUCCCCUACGACAGUCUCAGUUUCAAGAAAUCUCUGUCGAAAGGAGCAUGUGGAGAGGUGUGGCUGGGCGAGUACGAAGGCCAGCAAGUCGCCAUCAAGCGAUUGUUGCAAAUCAAAUCGCACCGCGCGGAUGAAGUGGAGGAGUUUGCACGCGAGAUUGAGCUUAGUGCCAGUUUGGUUCACCCCAACAUCGUGUCGUUUAUUGGUGUGGCGUGGAAUAGUCUCAGCAACCUGGUGAUGGCACUCGAGUUCUUCCCGAUGGGAGACUUGCAGGAGUAUCUGGCCAAGAAUGGCGACUUGUUGUCUUGGCCUCGGGACAAAAUCCAAAUUGCUGUUGGUGUAGGACGUGCCCUCGAGUAUUUGCACUGUCGGUCGCCUCCUCUGAUCCAUCGCGACCUCAAGUCAAAGAACAUUCUGCUGACAAGUCGACUGGAGGCCAAACUUAUCGACUUUGGUGUAAGUCGGGAUCGACAGGAGUACUCGAUGACUGCUGGAGUCGGCACGCCGUACUGGACAGCGCCUGAAGUCCUGGAAGGCAAGCGGUACACGGAGCAGGCGGACAUCUACUCGUUCGGGGUGGUGCUGACGGAGCUGGACACCAGCAAGGUCCCGUAUCACGACGCUUUGACAGCUGAAGGCAAGAAGCCAAAACCAUUCCAGAUUUUGACGGAUGUUAUGGCAGGUAUGUUGCGUCCUAGUUUCUCUGAGAAUUGCCCGUUAAGGAUCCGCCGUAUUGGUGUGGCCUGCUGCCAGCACGAUCCGAUUCGUCGACCGACGGCAGCUCAAGUUGCAGAUAUGUUGCAAGCAGCAGAUUAG